GUAUGGACCCAAUGUUGAAUAUUUUGAAUAUUAAUGAAACAACAGGCAGGAGUCUAUGGCCGUGAUGACGGGGAAUCCCCUGUCACGUUUAGUCACGUGACCCAUACGAGGUUGUUUAUCUGCUGUAAACUUCUGUCCUGUUCGCGUGUAUGUGGAUCAAACAUUAUACAGGCCUAUAUUUUAAAUUUGCAUUGAUACCAUUCAGUGCAUUCAAAUUAACGUUAAGUCGCAAUGGGAAAUGAAGCAUCGACAUUACGUCUUCUCCAUAAUUUGGCGGAGCUUGAACAGGAGCUUGAACGAGACCAAGUCUCGAAGUCCAACCAACCACUAAAGGUGCAACAUGGCUGGGAUUCCAAGGACUGCUCCAAUAAUAUGACGGUGCUAGAUGAUGGUUUGAAGGUGCGUAGAAAUAGAUCUUUACAGCCUAGGACGGAUGCCGUUAGGGGCAAGAGAGGCUAUGGUCAAGGGAUACAUAUCUGGAAGAUUCACUGGCCCCAGUCGAUGAGAGGCAGCAAUGCUGUUAUUGGUGUAGCUACCUAUCAGGCCCCUCUGACUUGCAUUGGUUAUUCGUCUUUUAUUGGUUCGAAUGAUCAGUCCAUGGGAUGGGAUAUUGUCCGCAAUGUUCUUCUCUUCAAUGACUGCGUCAUCAGAAAGUACCCGGAUGAUGUACCUAAUGAAUUUGUUGCUCCUGAUGUCAUCACUGUAAUUCUUAAUAUGGACUCGGGGACUCUUGGCUUUAAGAGUGAUGGGAAUAAUUACGGAGUAGCACUAAAGGGUCUUCGCUUACUGGGGAAAAAACUUUACCCUGCAAUAAGCGCAACAUAUGACAACUGUGAAGUGGGUAUCGAAUACAUCAGAAGUACAGACGCAGCACCUGCGCCCGACCUCCCGUCUCCUUCAAGGCCCACUGAAAGAACCACUGCAAGAGAUCAGGGAAGACCACCGGCAAAACCAUGUCCUCCGGCCCAGCCUCUGAAAUUCAAAAAGCAAUGUGGGAAAAAUAUCGAAUUGUCAAAUGACAGCAUUCAAGCGGAGAGAUCAAAUUUUAUGUCUGAAUCAGACAAAGCAGUUGUUUUGACUUCGAGAAGUCUACAACCAAAUGAAAAGUUUGAAAUAUGUGUAAAGAGAACUCUUGGUCAAUGGCCAGAGGGUCUAGCUAUCGGAGUUGUGGCUCUGGAAGCAGGAUUCGAGAUUCCGAGAAGUCUCCCUGGACAAGCCGCAGAUAUAGCGUGGGUCUGGAAAGGCACGGAUGUUUUGCAUGACCGAAAAACGGAACGGAAAUUGGAUUUUAACCUUAAUUCCGCAAAAAUUGGCGACACAUUUGGUGUCUCGAGAAAGGAAGAUGGUGCAUUGCACUUCUUUUACAACGGUCGAGAUAUGGGAAUGGCAGCCACAAAUAUUCCUCAGAAAAUACACGGAAUUGUCGAUGUUUAUGGCAGUACUAUACACGUAGAAUUAGUCGAACAAAUUCGAGAGGAAGCCUCGGAGCCAACAGGUGCCGCUUUCACGGGCAUGUCUAGAGAAGAACGCGCCUUUGAAAAAAUGAAACAAACGAUCGAUCUCUUAAAGAAGAAAGACGAACGCACUAUUCGACCCACUAUACUUAUGGUCCACGAACAUUUGUACAUGCUGUACGUCAAGCAUAAGGACCGAAGCCUUCGGCAGUUAAUGGGUGACAAGCUGGUCCAGUUGAAUGCCGCUUUCCAUAUUACUGAAUAUAUAAAAUUUCUCCGUGAUUGCGGGAUUGAAAACGCCAGAAUCUUCACGUGUUAUGAGCUGCUUCGUAAUGUUUGUUGGAAUUACAGCGAUGCCAGUCUGAAGUUUGCCAGGUCCAUCGGACAGACGGAGCUCCUUGGAAUUCUUUCUGCAGAACUUGCCAAGUAUCAGAAUAGAUAUAUGAGUGAAGAGGGGAAAAGAGAUAUUGUUAUGUCAGCAUUUGGAAUUCUUCACAACUGCUCAAAAGUCACGGAGAACCGAGGGGUGUAUUACCGCCUCGGUGUGAUCAACAUCGUGGUUCCUUAUACGAAGCCAGGGAAUGACGAAACAGUCGCAAUGACUGCCUUAAUGACCUUGUCCUACCUUGUUACUAUUGACCAACAACACCUGAUCCAAGCAGAGCCAUCAGCUAUUGCAAACAUUCUAAAGAAACUUGACGAAGCACUGAGAAACGCAGAAACUCAUCAGUCGGACGGUUUCCAUGCCUACGAAAUUGUGGAAUCUCUUAUAAACUUAUCGAAAAGCGCACAAAAUCGGGUGACGACGAUACAGAAAGGAGGCAUUCCCCUGUUUGUAAAGAUGAUGAAAGUCGGCAAUCCACAAGAGCAGGAACUCGCCCUGAACGCUGUGUGGGAACUUAUUAACGGUGGCGACGGGACGCUGUCAGCUGUCUCUAGAACAGAAGGACUAUUAGACGCAGUGAAGGCUUUAAAGAGCAGCAAAGUCGAAACUGUUCGUCAAGCCGCUGAGAGGAUUUCAUUGAGGCUUGACACCCAGACUCAAAUGUUUUCCCAGAGGUUUGAUCCUACACCCAAACCAAAGUGCACUUACAAAGAUAUUUGCGACAAAUUUGUUGCGACACUCAACAUACAUAAGACAUAUUUUGAUGCCAAGUAUCAUCGCUGCUACUGCAACCAUUGCCAUAAUGACAGAGGAGACAAACUGUAUUAUACUCGCGGAAAUCCACCAAAGGACUACGGUAUUCCAAUUGGAUGGUACAGGUAUGCCCUUUGCCUUCCACCUAAAGCAAAAGCUAUGAACGUAUUGGACAAAUGGCACAGGGCAUUCCAUGGCACUAAGAAAGAUGUGGUCACCAAGAUACUUGAAGUCGGGGAACUGCUCAUUCCAGGCGAUGUAGCGUUGGGCGGCGACAAAAUAAGCGAGAGGGAAGGCCAUUUCAAAGACGACUAUAAGCCUGAAGGGUUCGACACCAAGAAAAUAUUUGUAUCUCCCAGUAUCCGUUAUGCUGGCCAUGGCGCUUAUGCCAUGCCACACAAAUUCGAGGUAUCAGGAAAAACCUAUGUGGCUCGUGUAGCACUUCAAGUGUGCAUUCGCCCAGGCAGCUAUGAUGUCGGCGAUCAAACUAUCGGAGAAACCAAGCCAAUCGACCCAAAGUUUGACAAUCAGGAAAUAGAGUGGUCAACUAAAGAGCGUGGAAGCACCAUUUUGUAUGGUCUGCUGGUGAAAUUGGAAGAGCAAGCUUCUUGAAAUAGUUAAUCUUAUUUUUGACGGAGCUGAGAACAAUAAAGCUUUAGACUUAAUCGGUGUGAAGAGUUUGAAUGGUAUUUCAUUCUGUAUCCAAAUCGAUCAGAUCAUAUUGGAAAGCGUCGAUUUCAUUCCAUUUGUAAAUUGUUUUAUGUUAUGGCGUGACAUUUGCAAUGGAUAGUCCUAAACCUACUUGCGGUUGAUUGUGAUUGACUUAAAACGCUGCAUAAAAAAUUUUAAAAAAUGAUGUCUACGUGAGAAAAAUAAUCCCUUGCUAAUAACGUGUGCAGGCCUACUGAUAUUUGAAGACUCAAAAACAUGCCGCUUUUCAAAGCAGGUUAUAAUUUACAUCCACGCAGAUUCUUGCGCUUUGUGUCGAUUUUUCUCAACCUUUUAGAAAAGACAUUUUUACUUUGCAUCAAGUGAUUUGGAGAUGGUAAUUGGUAUUUUCGAAAUCAAGAAGGUCUAUUUGAAUCCUUUAAUAAAAAGUACUGUAGCAUCCACAAAUAUGCUUGUUCCUUGCAGUAAACUUGUCUUUGUAAGUUACAGACAUUGGGCGAAGUACUUGUA